AUGUCGUUAUUACAGAGAGUCACGUCCUUUGAAUCGCUGUCUCCAGAACGCUUUUCACCAGAGAGAGGACAGUCGCCCGCGGGUUCGAGGGAUAGGAAGUUGAGCUUUAGUCCAUUGCCUGAGAGUUGGAGUCCCCCGGCGGCGGAGGUGGAGUCGCAGGCUAUUGGCGCUUUUGAGGUUUCGAGGACGAAGAGGAUACUACAAGUAUUCACAGCAGUAAUCUACUGUCUCUUCGCUGCCGGAAUCGUCUUUGGAUACGCAGCCAUCAAGCCGGUGCUUAUUCGCGAACAUGUAUACCGGGAUCUCUGCACGAAAAAGGAGCUCGAGGAAGGCGUGCGAACGUGUUAUGACCAGGAGAUCCAUCUGAAUUUGAUGUUUACCGUGGCGGCCGUGGGAACAAACGUCGCCGCUCUGCCCAUUGGAGCGAUUCUCGAUAAUCUAGGACCGAGAGUGUGCGGGCUGAUUGGAAGUGGGUUGCUUGCUGCGGGAGCUUUGCUGUUCUCGUUCGCGUGGCAAUUGCCUUUUGAUGGGUUUAUUCCUGGAUAUCUGCUCCUGGCACUCGGUGGACCUUUCGUGUUUAUAUCUUCGUUUCAGUUGUCGAAUACUUUCCCAAAACACUCUGGACUUAUUCUUGCGCUCUUGACUGGCGCUUUCGAUUCCUCCAGUGCGGUCUUUCUCAUUUAUCGCAUCGUAUAUCAAUGGACCAAUGAAGCAUUUACACCAAAACGCUUCUUUCUCGCCUAUCUUAUUGUCCCGGCGCUGAUAUUCGUGGUUCAGUUCUUUUAUAUGCCUAGAGCUUCGUAUAAAACCGUCGGGGAGUUGGUGAAACAGGUAGAGGAUGCAGGAACUAAUGGUUACGACGAUCAAGUGGAUGAAAAUACUGCGCUUCUUCGAGAAGAACAUCGAAAUCGUCGCCAGUCCGUUAUUUCCGAGAUCACGGAUCUCCUUGGCUCAAAAUCAGGGGGAAAACAUCUGAAGAAAGAAGAGCAGAAGAAUGCAAUCUCUGGCGUUUGGGGAGCUAUGCACGGAAAGACCGUGUCACAACAAAUAUUGUCUCCAUGGUUCGUCCUAAUCACAUUAUUCACAGUCAUCCAGAUGACUCGAAUCAAUUUCUUCGUCGCAACAAUCCGACCACAAUACGAAUACCUCCUAGGAUCCUAUGAAGCAGCCGUAGAAAUUAACACCUUCUUCGACGUCGCCCUUCCCCUCGGUGGAAUCCUCUCCAUCCCCUUCAUUGGACUAGUCCUAGACAACACCAGCACUACCUUUGUUCUCUCCGCCCUCGUAACCAUCGCCACCACCAUUGGCGUUCUAGGCGUUCUUCCUUAUUCUUGGGCCGCCUACUCAAAUAUCUGUCUCUUUGUCCUUUACCGUCCCUUCUACUACACCGCUGUAUCAGAUUACUCGGCUAAAGUAUUUGGGUUCCGUACUUUUGGUACCGUAUAUGGUCUCAUCAUCUGUCUUGCCGGACUCUUCAACUUUAGUCAAAGUGGAUUGGAUGCGUUACUACAUAAAGUGUUUAACGGCAAUCCCGUGCCUGUGAAUUUGAUUCUACUGGGCUCGGCAUUUUUGGUCGGGAUUGCGUUGUGUACCUUUGUCGGGAUCAAGGCGUAUACUUUGAAGAGAGAUUUGUUAAUCGAUGAGGCGGAGGAUGCCAGGGAGGUUGUUAUGCCUGGGGCGAUGAGUCCGGAGAGGCUUUGA